CGUUUUUAACAGGCAACGUUUUUAAACUAAAGAAAGACUUAAAAAGUUUAUAGUGACUUUAUUUAACAUGUUUUUUACAUUAAUUCUUCAAAUGUAGUCUUUCCUGUGUGUUGUUCAUUAUUAUAUCCAUUGUUUAAAUACUAUAGUAGCCUAUGGUUAAUGCCUUUGGCUAUGUUUGGCUAUAAUAUACUAUAUUAUACUAUAAUAUACCAUUAAAUGAUUAGUUUUUGGCUUUCAGAUCAUCUCCAAUAUUUAUUUUCUGCUCUGGGUCUCAAUAUUUUUUAAAUAUAUGUGUUUAUUUUAUCUUUAUUAUUUUAUAUUCUUAUUUUAAAACUUCAUUUGACAAGGUUUGGUUAUUGUUAUUAUUAGUAGUAUUAGUAAUAUUAGUAGUAAUAUUAUUAAUUAUUAUUAUUAGCAUUAUAUAUUUAUUAUUAAUCAAUUUUAAUAUUUAUUUUAUAUGUAAGUAUUAUCAUUCAUGCAGUAUUUUUGGUGCUGCAUAGUAUUAUAUUAUACAUAUUUAGUCGGUUGUACUCCAUCUGAUGGAUCGUUCUUAAACAUAUUGGACUGCAUGAAUUCAUUUUUAAAGCCUAAACUCUGCUUUAUAUUCUAAAUAUAUCAGAAAAAGGAAAGUGGGUGGUUUGUACAUUAUUGGCAUGUAGGUCAGUGGGUAACCCAAACACACAUGUGCAUUGUGUUUUUAACACCAGGUCACAUGUGUUUAUUUUGCAGUGCCAUUUAAAGGUCAUUAUGCACAGACUGCACAAUGUUUAACUUCUCUGACGUCUGUUUCCUGGCUCAGAGUUAGAGACGUGGUGUUGUUGGAGGAUUGAUUACCAACACAGCUUUUUGUGCCCUAAAGACUGCGUCACGCGGAAAUGGAGUCACGGUGACAGUACUGGAAAGUAACAGCACAUUUAAUCAAGUACACAUUGAGAGCCGCUGCCGGCCGGGUGUUUCCUCAGAAAUGUCGUCUCCAGUUGUCCUCCACCUGCUCAGGUGUUCUCGCUCCCUCCUGACCCGACGCCCCUCCCAUCACACCUGCACAGCGCCCGGACAGGUGGGCGGGGCCUCGAACAGAGGUGUUGGAGUUCGGUUUGUUAGCGGCGCCGUCAGCGUCCGACCCGUCGCCUGGGACUCGUUCGGGAUUUGGGACGACCGGAUAGAAGAACCGGUUUUCCUGCCGUCCAGCAUCAGAUACGGGAAACACAACCCACAGGUGAGUGUUUCCCGGGUCGGCUCCUCCUCAGUUCUGGGUCUCAGGAAACAAAACGAGGACCGACUCCGAGUCGCUCGGAUCCACGAAAACAUUCAACUGUAUGCCGUGUUCGACGGGCACGGAGGGUCGCACGCCGCCGAGUACUGCUACACCUUCAUGGAGAAAUACAUCAGAGACGCUCUGGAAGAGGACGACGACCUGGAGAGAGUUUUAAAGAAAGCUUUUCUAGACGUGGAUAAAGCUCUACACACACAUCUCAGCUACUUCAACAACC